AACUCGCCGUGCGCCACAGGAGAUCUCCCUCUCCUAUCCUUCCGCCCAGUCUUCGUCUCCUCCCUCCCUCGCCGACCGACAGAGCAGAGAUACACAACUAGCCCUACUGAAUGGUUCUCUUUGGUUUCUUCUAAUGAACGUCGCAAUCGGCAAGAUAUAGGCAUCAUGGCAAAACACAACCAAAGAGUUAAUAGGUUAAUCAGAUUGAUUACGAAACUGAUGUGUAGGCACUGUGUGUAGGACAUCAAUAAUGAAGAGAUUUUUCAAACCGAUGUCUUUGAGGCACGCUGAGAUAGAGAAAACGGCGACAUGAACUUGGAUGACAGAGCUCGGGGUGUUUGAAUCUGGUUGCUUGGGUAUCUGGUCCCACUUGUGUGAUUCUUGCCUGUUUUGUUGUGUGAAUCUGAGAGCUGCAGGAUCCUCGCUCAGAUUGGGGCUACCUGUUGACUUUGCGAAUUGCGGUGCCAUGGAUUGCCAAGAUCCAGUUCUCAUGUUCCACUAGAAAUCUAGAGUUGCUCUGUAGCUCGAUUUUGGCAGUUUGACUUGUCAAUUACUCAAUUGUGAAAUGAGAAUGGGGAGCAGUGAGAAGACUGUUUCCGCUUAUGGCGAGUACACCUAUGCUGAGUUGGAGAGGGAGCCCUACUGGCCAAGUGAGAAGCUGAGGAUUUCGAUUACUGGAGCUGGUGGUUUCAUCGGAUCCCACAUUGCUCGCCGUCUGAAGAGCGAGGGACAUUACAUCAUCGCCUCUGACUGGAAGAAGAAUGAGCACAUGACUGAGGACAUGUUCUGCCACGAGUUCCACCUUGUUGAUCUCAGGGUGAUGGACAACUGUUUGAAGGUCACCAACGGUGUCGACCAUGUCUUCAAUCUUGCUGCUGAUAUGGGUGGCAUGGGGUUCAUUCAGUCAAACCACUCUGUGAUCAUGUACAACAACACCAUGAUCAGUUUCAACAUGCUUGAGGCUGCACGUAUCAGCGGUGUGAAGAGGUUCUUCUACGCCUCAAGUGCAUGCAUUUACCCUGAAUUCAAGCAGCUUGAAACAAAUGUGAGCUUGAAGGAAUCUGAUGCCUGGCCUGCUGAGCCUCAAGAUGCCUAUGGUUUGGAGAAGCUUGCAACUGAAGAGCUGUGCAAGCACUACACCAAGGACUUUGGCAUCGAGUGCCGGAUUGGCCGUUUCCACAACAUCUAUGGCCCCUUUGGAACAUGGAAAGGUGGUCGCGAGAAGGCACCAGCUGCCUUCUGCAGAAAGGCUCAGACUUCCACCGAGAGAUUUGAGAUGUGGGGUGAUGGUCUGCAGACUCGAUCCUUCACUUUUAUCGACGAGUGUGUUGAGGGUGUUCUGAGAUUGACAAAGUCAGACUUCCGUGAGCCAGUGAACAUUGGAAGUGAUGAAAUGGUCAGCAUGAAUGAGAUGGCUGAGAUUGUUCUCAGCUUUGAGGAUAGGAAGCUGCCCAUCCACCACAUCCCUGGACCAGAGGGUGUCCGGGGGCGCAACUCUGACAACACCCUUAUCAAGGAGAAGCUUGGCUGGGCCCCGACAAUGAGGCUCAAGGAUGGGCUGAGGUUCACCUACUUCUGGAUCAAGGAGCAGAUCGAGAAGGAGAAGACCCAGGGGAUCGACAUCGCCGCCUAUGGCUCCUCCAAGGUGGUGUCCACUCAGGCUCCGGUGCAGCUGGGCUCCCUCCGUGCCGCCGACGGCAAGGAGGGCCUUUGAGCAUUUCAGUACUGCUCAUGGGAUUGUUGGAGAAGUUUGGAGGGUAGAAUAUAGCAGCAAAAUAUUUGGCCCCCCGUUGAGGGGUUUAGCAGAUGAUCGUGUUUUUAUUUAUUUGCCAUCCCAUUAAUUUUGGUGUCAUAUAGUUAAUUUAUUAUACCGGUGAAUUUCCUUGCUGUACUGUUUUGAUCACGAUGGACAAUAAAGUUCCCUGCUUUACUCUGAUACUA